CCAUCUCCAUUUUUCUCUACAACUUGUAUCAACCAUAUUGUCACCUCUUAAAAGAAUGUCCUUUUCACGUCUUCCUCGACUUACAUCCGUCGUCCGCGCUCUUCACACCUCUGCUUCCACCCGACGACCCGCUGCCAACCCCACCGAGAUUUUCCAAAAAGCCUUUGGCGAACGAGCUGCUACUCAAACUUCACCUCUGAUGAAGAACGAGGUCCAGGACAACCGAGAACAGUUCAAAGCCAACCAAUUUGCUGCCCCUCAAGCAUUUACCCAAGAAUCCAUCUUCCCCACUGCCCGACCUUUUCCCCGUCCACCUCUCCUCGGUCCUCCCAAGAAAAUUGCCGUCAAGCUUGAUCCGUUUUACAUCACCAAGACUAAUCCCUUGGUGCACGAUAUGAACCCUAAUUUCGCCUAUGAAUUCGUCAACCCGAUGGGCAAGAUAAAAAGUCGGGCAGAGACUGGGUUGACUUGGAAGUCGCAAAGGCGGGUUGGUAAACUUGUGAGGAGGGCGAGGGCGAUGGGGAUUAUCAGUCGAUGGACGAACAGGCCUGUACCAGGAGGUUUGGGAUGGAGUUACUAGAUUUAUUUAUUUAUUUUCUGCGACGAUGUAUCGUGAUCUAGUCUGGUUU